CUGUCAGGUCCUGCGACAAUGAAGUCCCUGGCCCUGCUUUUCCUGCUGUCUGUGGGCGCUGCCAGCGCUGCCGGUUCCUCCCGGGCCGUGUGGGAGUUUCGCAAAAUGAUCAAAUGCACCCUCCCGGAGAGCCAUCCCCUGCUGGACUUUGCGGACUACGGCUGCUACUGCGGCUUGGGAGGCCACGGGACUCCAGUGGACGAGCUUGACAGGUGCUGUCAAGUGCACGAUAACUGCUAUUCGCAGGUGAAGAAACUCGAUUCAUGCAGAUUCCUGCUGGACAACCCCUACACAAAUGCAUACAGCUACAGCUGCUCCAACGGGGAGAUUACAUGUAGCAGCAAAAACAAAGAGUGCGAGAUGUUCCUCUGCAACUGUGACCGCACCGCCGCCAUGUGCUUCGCCAAGGCGCCCUACAACCCCGACCACGCCAAGCUGGACACCGCGAAAUACUGCAACUAGCCCGCCUCCUCCUGCCCUUCGGGGCGGCAACAAUCCAGCGGCGGUCUAUCACUAAUAAAACCCUCAUUAACAACCCGACGCCUCCCUCCUGCUCCUUGCGCCGCGUUGAGGCAAAUGGCGGGCGGG